AACGCGUGAUCCGAAGAUGCGAGAACUGUACUGUGCGCUGGGUCAGCGCCGGUGGCGUCUACGGGCAAUAUAUUGGGCCUGCCCGGGUCUUAUCACCAGCGAGCAGCGGCCGAAAAAGAACACGAACCACUGCCCUCAGAACCACGGCACCGUUUCAAACGAUCUGGUUAUCUGGCGGGUGGGCAGGACUUUCCUAACCAUCUCCUUGCGGCGCAGAAGGGUGUGCGAGCGGCGGGACCAGGAACUCGGGGCCCGCGAUAACCUUCCCUGUACGUACGAACGAUUCGGGACCGGCAUUCUUGCUGCAGCGUGCCGCUGGUUCAGUUCAGCGUUGCAGACGUGCCUGCCUCCUUACGGGAAGGGAAUCGCGCCAAGGGGAUUCAACCUGCGUGAAGUUUGCAGCAUUGCCACCGAUCAGCCUCCAAGUGUAACCGGAAUUCAUUACAACCCGGGAGUGCAAGAAGGAAGGCGGCUCAGAAAUAUCGAACUUUUGGAGUGCAUUUUUCAGUGUGUAGCUGUGUGAGUGUGUGUGUGUGAGCAAGUGCUUAAGUUAUGGCCCGGGAGGUGGGUAAGAUACAGCCCCAGAACUCGUCCCGCCGCAUCAUCAGCAAUCAAAGCAGCAGUGCCAGCAACAGCAGCGUCGACAGCGCAAAUUCGGACAAAAUGCGCAAACCACUGCUCGACGAACGAUGGACGUCCAUUCUGUACACCUUGAUCGUUUCCCUGCUGUACGUCACCGCCGGCACGAUGGUGGGUUGGAGCAGUGGCACCUUCCGCCGCUCGCACGGCCCUGGGGCCGAACCGCUCGCCCUACCGCUGCUAGACAACUGGAGCAUCUCGCUGGCGGCCACACCGGCCAUCAUCAUUACCGUGACGGCUUGCGUCGUCCACCGCUGCUACCACUGGAUCGGCACCAAAGCCUUCCUGCUGACCGCGUCCCUGCUCGCGAUCGGUUCCAGCACGCUGGAAGCGUACGGUCUCACCUUUUGGAGUGCCAGCGCCGCCCGCAUCCUGGCCGGAAUAGCGGCCGGCAUCGCCUUCACGCUCGUGCCGUCGUACGUGGACGAGUUCGGGUCGGCAACGGGCAGCAACGGUCCGCAUCGUCCACCGCUCAAUGAAAUCCUUGCCACCGCCUUUCCGCUCGGUGUGCUACUCCGCUUCGCCGCCGACUUGCUCCCGCUUCCGGCUGACCCAACGGUAAGCGCUUUAGUUUGGGGCGCUCUGCCAACGUUCGCCUUCGUCGGGUUGCUGUUUCUGCCCGAUUCGGCCCGCUUUCUGUGCGCCAACGGGCGUGUAGCGCAAGCGGCCGCCAUCCUGCAGCGCACGCACGAACCGGCCGCCCAGCCCGCGCUGCAAGAGUGUCUCGCCCGCUGGCAGCAGCCCGGCCCGGGCCUGGUGGAAGCGCUGCGGCGCCAGGCGAACUUUACGCUGACCGUGCCCCUGCUCGCUCUGUUUGCGCUGCAAGCGUUCCUGGGCGUGCUGCCCAUGCUGUUCUAUCUGGCCGGGCUGGUCGAGCUGGCGGGUGAGCAGGCGCAGUCACCCGAACGGGUCGCCACACUGCUGGUGGCACUGUUUACCCUUGCCGUACCGGUCAGCCGCUAUCUGCACGCGAGUCGGCUCCAGCAGCGGCCCGUCCUGGUGCUCAGCGCGAUGCUCAUCGCGCUGGCCACGCUUGCGCUCGGCUGGCACUGUCACGAGCGACGAACCCGCAGCCUGGACCUAGCGGAGCUCCCGAGCGAGUGGCCCCUCUACUGCUUCGCGCUGAUGUUCGUCGCGUACGCGGUCGGGUUCUACCGGCUGCCCGGGACGCUGCUAGCCGCCGAGGUGGCGGACGAGAACCUGCUGGCCCUGCGCACGGUCGCCACGGCAGUUGGCUGGGGCUCGGUCUAUCUCGGCGUGCGGCUGCUGCCCGUGCUGCUGCGCACCAUCGGGCUCGGCUGGGUGCUGUGGAACGUGGCGCUGGUCGCCCUGUCAGCCGCCGGGCUGGUGCUGCUUUGCCUGCCCGCCCAGUACGAGUACGCCCACAAAGCGCUGGCCGGCGGGGCCUGCCCCAGCUCGAUGACUUCCUCCGUCUGCUCGACCGGGUCCAGCGCGUCGCCGGUGGCCUCGGCCUGCUGGCCCUGCUCCACCACCGACCAGAGCUCGGACGCACCGCAGCACUACAGCUACGCGGAACAACGGACGCCCGGCGAGGUCCUCCGAGGACCGGAACUGGUGUGAGAGCGACUGGAAUGUCCCCUAGAGGGGAAAGGGAAAUGAGCGGGGGGGGGGGGAGUGGGAGGGGGAAAUCGGGAAGAAAAAGACUGAUCAAACCUUAGCAGCGCUCUGCUGAUAACGGUGUCACGAGGCCGGCCUGCCAGCAAACUCUAGAAGGAGGGCCGAAAAAGCGGCUUCUACUCUUACUCUUGCUGGGCAGGCCUUUUUUUGUUGUUGGUUGGCGUGUGUGUGUGUGUGUGUGCUCUGUUUUUGUGACCAUGACAAAAUUACUCUUUACUUACACACACACACACACACACACACACACAUUGGCCACCAUUCGGCGCCGUCGCUUCAUUAGCGGCCGUGGUUGGCGUGGACGCGAACGAUAAGCGCGAGGGGAGCGACUUUCUUUCUAAUUAAAGAACGUUGGAGGCACGAUUACGACCAAUCGAACAUGGCGCAGUAGCAGAUAAGACGUUCGAGCGAAAGCGGAGAGCGAAAAGAGGGACGGCGGAAGAGGGGAAGAGGAAUUAGUUUGACGCUUGCAGUAGAGUACGACGAGUAGGCUUUGAUAUUGUAAUCGGUUGAUAAGUAGUGUGUAAUGUGCUAGAACGUAUACCAGUGAGGCUGGAGGGGUUCUUAUAUUUAUAGCAGAAGGCAAGGGCAGGGGAUAGAACGAAGAAAAAACAACAAAAUAAUAAUAACGCACACACCCAGGAGGUUUCAUAUACAUAUGUUUGAACAAAUUGAAUCUAUUUAUCUGUGGUUUAUUGGAAUGUUUUUCUUGUUGCACAUUUGUUUUCGUUUCUUCCUUCCCCAUUACACUGCUGUUUUGCUUUGUUUUUUCUUGUUGUAUUCGUUUGUUUGCACAUGAGUAUGAGUCUGUUUUGUUUGCUCCUAUCUUCUCUUCUUUUCCUCUGUCACUGCAUUCUGUUGCAUUGUGUUUAUGCUUUUCUGUUUUCCUUUCUUCCCCCUUUACCCCAUGAUUGUGAUGCUUUGCUUUGAUGUGUUUAGUUUGUUUUAUGUUUGUUUCUGUUUUGUUUCGCGUGUAUGUUUCUCUGCGUGAGUCUAUUUGUGGCCUUUAUAGCUUCCCAUCCAAUGCAAUGGGAAGAGGAGGAAACCUUAGUGACGGAAAUGUGUGCAGUUUUCUUGUUUUAUUUAUCUUUUAGUUUGAAAAUGAUGAGGAGUGUGUGGUAUGUGGAAACCUUUCCCCUGUUCAGUAUCUGAAGACGAAGAAUUGGACAGUAAGUCUCCCCUACUGCCGCUAGCCUAGCUCCCCAUGACAUUGCAAGAAUCGCAUGAUGUUUGACUAUGAAAGAAAAACAUAACAUUGCUAUGAUUAUAUUUCAACUAUGAAUGAUUUCACUUAUGUUGCUCUUUUUUUUUCUUAUGGUGGUUUAUUACGAAUCUCUUUUUUCUAUUAUCUAUAUGUUUCUCCCUUUUUCAUUUAGUUUGCAUCAUUUAAAACAUAAAACAUACCUUGCUAUGUUCGUGUUUUUUUUUUGGUUUUCUGCAUUUUCUGUUUGCUCACCGUCUCUCUUACUAUAUUGUUUUUUUUUGUUUUGUUUUGUUACCAUUUCUCCAUCACCCACCUGUCUUCAAACUCUUACCGUCUACUGUUGCUAGCAAUUCAUUUGCCUUAUUUUCUUUUCCCAUGCAUUUUCGUACGUUGUGGGGUUUCCUUCACACACUUUAAUUGUUUUUGAUAAAUGUUGUCUGUUGGCUGCUUUGUUGUUUUGGGGUUGUUUUUCCCUGUUACAUUUGUUUGGUUUUAUUUUUUUUUAUUUUUUUCUUCUUCUUUGAAUUGUGCUACAUUUACAUUUGUUUAACAGGUGUUUCACUGACACUCGGUUCCGCUGAGCUGCCUGUU